AUGAGUGCUAGUGAUGCAAAUGGUCGGAACAAUGUUUCCAGCAAUAGCCCUAGAGGUGUGGGACAGGGGCAGGCCAAUCCAUUUAGUAAAAUAGGAACACCUUCCUUUAGCAUUUCCCAAAUUCCUGCCCAAAUACUACAAAAUUUAACACCCGCGCAGAUUCAGAUGAUCCAGCAAAGACACCAACAUAUAUUGAUGACCCGUAUGCAACAGCAACAGCAGCAGCAACAACAGCAGCAACAACAGCAGCAACAACAGCAGCAGCAACAACAGCAGCAGCAAGCACAACAGCAGCAAACACAGCAGCAACAACAGCAGCAGCAGCAAGCACAACAGCAGCAAGCACAGCAGCAGCAAGCACAGCAGCAGCAAGCACAACAGCAGCAAGCACAACAGCAGCAAGCACAACAGCAGCAAGCACAGCAGCAGCAAGCACAACAGCAGCAAGCACAACAGCAGCAAGCACAGCAGCAGCAAGCACAGCAGCAGCAAGCACAGCAGCAGCAAGCACAGCAGCAGCAGCAGCAGCUGGGACAAACUCAAUCGCCACAUCAAUUAACAGGUCAGAAAGGACCAAUACAGCAAUCGCAGAAAUCCAUGGUUGUUCCAAGCCAAACUCAAGCGCAAGAGCAUAAUCAAUCUUCAACUCCUGGCGGAAUGCAGCAGUCGCUUCACUUACAACAAUCACCAUCAUCGCAUCCUGUGGCGUCCCAACAGUAUCAGAGUCAAAAAGAAUUUAAGUCUUCUGGUAUGCAGAACGGUGAAGAGGAAGGAGCCUCAAGGUUGGUAAACCCACAGAAUACCUUGCCUACACAGUCAAUGGGAAACAGUGGAACUCAGUCCGCUCCUAUUAACCUCCCCCCUCAAAUAGCUCGGCUACCACUGCCGACACAACAAGGAGUGCUUGAUUUUUUGAAGCAGCAAGCAUUGGCAAGGAACAAUCCUGCAGUGGUUACUGCCGUCACACUGGCUCAACAGCAGUUACAGUUACAAAUACAACAACAGCAAGAACAGGCUCAAAUAUCACAGCAGAAGAAGACAUAUGCACAGCAAGGUCAAAAAGGACAGCAUGCGCAAUCAACUCCGGUGCAUCAGGUACAAUUGCAAGAACAAGCACGACAGGUGCAACAAGGACAGACCUCAGAAAUACAAGGAAAUUUAGGACAAGCAAACGCUGGAACGGUAAAGAAGAAUAUACAAUUCUCUCAACAGAAGCGACAGCAGCACAUUUCAAUUCAACAGGAGCGGUCAAGCCACCUAAAUGCUUACCCAAACAAGGAUGCUUCUAUGCAAGUAUAUCCUUCGAAUGCUACUGCUCAAUCGCCAUCAAUGGAAGCAGCCAUCAAUUCUAUGCAACUUCCGCCCAUGCCUAAGCUUAAUCUGCCAAAGUAUCAAACUAUCAACUAUGAUAUGCCUGAAAGAAACGUGCCGAGCUCAACUUUUUGGUCCUCCCAAAAGAGAGACACCGACACAUUAUUGUACGAACAAAUAAUUCAACGUGAUAAAGCUAAUAAGUUCGACCUUGCCAGAGAGAAUAAUGGCUGCGAACCUUUCAGCAUUUAUGGCUUUAGUAACAAAGAGUACUUAGGAAAAUUGUGGCAUACAUUGAAAUAUUACCAAGAGCUCAAAUCAACCAGGAUGAAAUCCAUAACAAAUACCUCUCAAAAUAUACCAGCUGCAAGCGUUUGGGGUAAGGGAUACUCGGGUUACGGCAAUGGAGUUACCAACACAGUGACACAGGUUAUACCAGAAUCCCGUGUAGAUGAUCGUCCACAUGUUUAUCAGAACAAAUUGCAAGUUUACAGGCAGGCAAUGAGUGAAAAAUCCGAAGAUUUAGUUCCUAUACGGCUAGAGUUCGAUCAUGAACGUGAUAAGUUUUUUUUGAGGGACACUUUAUUAUGGAAUAAGAACGAUUCUCUUGUAAAAAUAGAAGAAUUCGUAGAUGAUAUGAUGAGAGAUUAUCGAUAUGCACCAUCGCAUAGAGAACAAUUUGCUGAAAAUUUAACAAAUUCUAUGAAGGAGCAAAUCUCUGAAUAUCAACCCAAUCCAUAUUUGGAAUUGAAUCAAGAGCGCAUUGGGGGUGAUGACAUGCGUAUAAACAUCAAACUUGACAUAGUGGUGGGUCAUAACCAGCUGAUAGAUCAGUUUGAGUGGGAUAUAUCAAAUAGUGAAAAUUGUCCCGAGGAAUUCGCAGAAGGCAUGUGUCAAGAAUUAUGUCUACCAGGAGAGUUUGUUACCGCGAUCGCUCACUCAAUUAGAGAGCAAGUUUAUUUGUAUCAUAAAUCUCUUGCACUGUUGGGGUACAAUUUUGACGGAUCAGUUGUGGAAGACGAUGAUAUCAGAAGUCGGAUGCUGCCGUUAAUAACUGUAGAUGACGUUUACAGGACACCUUCCGACGCAAAGGUUUACACACCAAACCUGCUUCAGAUAUCCAUAGCGGAACUAGAAAGACUGGAUAGGGAUAAGGAUAGAGAUACGAGACGUAAGCGAAGGCAAGGCAGAUCCAGUAGACGCGGUGUCAUUCUAGCAGGUAAUGUCAAUAAUGGUGCAAUAACAAAUAUUGGAUCCAGCGCCUUAGGGAAUGGUGCUUCGUCUACUACAAACGUGCCGUCAGCAUCUGGUAUCAUCGAAGUAUCUCUGCCAGAUAUUGCAGACAUACCAAGAACAUUCCGCACUCCCGUACCAACUACAACGCAACCUGGAGGGAUAGACUUAGGUCCGCCAGUGGGGUCAUAUCAGCUGGAAACGGCAACGGAGAAUGUUGCGAGACCUCCUCGAUCUCCUGAAGCAAUGCCUCUUUGUCAUAUUGUUGAUCAUGUACCAGGAAAGUUUCUGCUCAUUUCCAUAAAUUUGAAAGAUAAAAUUAAUCGAAAUUUGACGGACAAGAGGGAGGUAGGGGAUGAAAAGACAUUUAUCUCUUCACUUUCUUCUCAGCCGGAAGCUAGUAAUUAUCGUCGUAGCGAAACUGAACAUCGUGUCCCGGCGAACAGCAAUGAGGCCGUAAUCGAAAACGAAUGA